AUGUCUGCCAUCACGCCUAAACGACGCCACAUUGAUCUUGGCGUCGCCGCCAUGUCUGCCAGCGAGAUCGCACCAGCCGAGGGCGCCGUCUCGCCAUCAACCGACACCUUAUUCGAGAUCCUCUCGAGGCUGCCGGUGAAGAUCCUGUGCCGAUUCAAGUGCGCGUCCAAACAGUGGCGCGCCCUCAUCUCAGAUCCGGUUUUCGUCGCCACGCAUGACUCCCGCGCCGAGCCGCUCCUCGUCGGCAGAUUCUGCGACGGCGCGUCUCUACGGCUGAUGGACAUGGAGGGCAACGUCAUGAGGACGAUGGAAGACAUAUGCGACCCUCAUAUGCUCUGCACUAGCCUCGACGGGCUCGCCUGCUUCGCCAACCGUUGCGCCGAACCGCAGGUAAUCGAUAUAGCCACCGGCGAGAUGCUCCUGGCCCGAUCAAAGCUGGACGAGCGACCAUGCUUCAACCGUCCAACGAUCUAUGACUUCGGCUUUGGCCGCACCGCGCCAUCCCAAGUGUAUAAGGUGGUUCGUCUCGUCGAAUUCGGACGCCUAGGCGACCGAAGCCAAGCUUGUGAUGUUCUCACGUUAGGCGAUGCCGCCGGGUGGAGGCAAGCGCAGCCGCCUGCAACUCUAGUUCGUCGCAACUAUUACCAGACCUCCGUCGCGAUCAAGGGUGUCCUGUACUUCUUGAUGUCCAAGGAGAACUUAGUAUUCCCCUUCGACCUCGAGAGCGAGGAGUGGAACAAAAUGAUCCAAGGCCCAAUACAAGGCAUGGAGGAGGAUGACAGCCAGGGGUUUUACAAGAUCAGCAAGACCAUCAUAACUGAGCUCAAUGGUGCCUUGUGCAUAGCUCAAACGGAUCUGUACAGCGAUAGCCAUUCAUGCACGGACAUGUGGCUCUUAAGUGAUUCUUUUUUAAACAGAAGGCCUCACGGCCCGGCUUUAUAA